UAAAGGCUGUUAAAUGUGGAAACCUUGAACACACAAGCAAUUUUUGUUUGAAUUUUUCAGAUGGUGAAAGUCGGUAUUGUGGAGCAGGCAUCAGCAGCAUCAGGUGACUCGGAUGAUGCCACGCCCUCCUCGCUGCUCUCCUCCACUCCUCCUCAGGUUUCCCCGGCGCUCAAAGAGGCCACGCCCACUCCACCCUCAUCCCCCUCAGUCAACACCAGCUUCUGUGCCUACAGUAGUGCUCAGACAGAGGUGAUGGGGCUACAGGUGGACUAUUGGCAGGCUCCAUCAGAACGAAAGAAAGACGUGGAGAAGCGGGACUCUUCCGCUAAAAACACUCUUAAGUGCAAUUUCCGCUCGCUGCAGGUCAGCAGGCUCCCUCUAGGGGGCGCUGAGGCAAGUCCCUUUCCCACUAUGUCAAUGACAGUGGUCACCAAGGAGAAGAACAAGAAGGUGAUGUUUCUGCCAAAAAAGAGCAAAGACAAAGAGGUGGAGCCCAAGAGUCAGGUGAUCGAGGGCAUCAGUCGGCUCAUUUGCACGGCCAAACAGCAGCAGACCAUGCUCCGAGUGCUGAUUGACGGAGUUGAGUGGAACGAUGUGAAGUUUUUCCAGCUGGCAGCGCAGUGGUCAUCUCACGUCAAACAUUUUCCCAUCGGGAUCUUUGGACACUCAAAAGGCCCGUACUAACAUCGGGAGCAGAGACUAGCACCCCCUAUGGACACCACCCUUCAUCCCUGUGCCAACGUCUCCCUAACCUCCCCUGUCUUAAUUUAAACUCCUGCUUUGUGCAAUUGUCUUAUUGUCUUAUUUAAUCUUUUGUGUGUAUUUUUAAUUUUGUAUUUAUGUAAAAAUGUCACAAGGCAAAGCUGCCAAGUGAGUAUUUCUUUAUCUUGCUUUUUAAAAGAAGGCUACUGAUGUUUUAUAAAAAAUAUUGUAUACAAAAUAAUCCUAUAUCAAACAAAAUGGACACUUCGGUUUCAACUGGCAGCCAUCUCAGACAGAAGAUUAUUUGGUUACAUGUUGAUUUAAGCACUUGAUCAGCACAAACAACUAAACAAGUUGGAACUGCCUAGGAAAAAAGUAGAAAAAAAAAACACAAACUCGUUUUGAUCCACUCUCAUAAAGCUAAAACCCAGUGUUUAUGAUUAUUAGAAGGAACAUAACUUUGAUCCUCUACGUGUAUCAAAGAAGUUUAAAGUGCAAUAGACUGAUCAUAGUAUGGCUGUUUCUCUCUCAAAGACUUUGCAGCAGUUUACAGAACAUUUCAAUUGUGAACGAUAUAGAUUGUGGCGACACCUGGUGGUAAACCUGUAGAUUACAGUUUCAUACCUCACCAUCAUCCUUCACAGAACAAAUGCUUUAGUCAGGACUGUAUCUGAGCUCUCCUCACAAACUUUUAUUCAAGAUGGGUUGUUAUUCAGAGCCUUUUAAGAAUAUGAUUCACCACAGAGUAAUUAAUUUGCUGUUUUACUAAUUUUAAAAGAUUAAAAACACAGGCAGUAAGUGAUGUGGGUACUAUUUCUGCCUUAAAUUUCACAUUAGUGGCACUGGUUGGUCAGUUGCCUUUUGGGGGUCUCUCAGUUGGGGUCUUAGGAUUGACACAAAUAUAUAAAUACACUUAACAUUGUGAAAUGUUGUGGCUAGAUUAUUUAAUAUAAGUGUGAGACUCCAAGUUAAUAUUUUAGGAUUUGCUUUCUCAAUCCAGCAAACAGGUCUAUAGCUUUCUAGCUCUGUUAAAGAGAGUUUAGACAUAAUAUUGGCCACACACAAAAUAAAUGAUAUUGCCCCAGGUCUAACAGGGAAGGGUUGUCUGGGAGUCCACUUAGACUCAGCAACCCAGCCCCGGAUAAGCAGAAGAAGAAGAAGAAGAAGGAUGGAUAGUUCAACACUCCACUUAUUUUUGCAGAUGUUUGGUCAUAUAUUGCAGCUCGUUUUAAUCUCUGUGGUAUUAUGGAUAUGCUCCUGCAAUAGAGGUGAAUGUAUUGAAGGAAACAAAUCGUAAAGCACUUUUUAAUGUUUGUUUGUUGAUAGUGAGACUGACCUAACUGUAUUUCUUACUUAGACCAGUGGUUCUCAAACUGUGGUGCUGUGGGCUUCUUCUGAUGGUACAGAGCUAAAAUGUAGUUAAUUUAGACAAGACAGAGUUUAGCCCUGCCUUACCCCUGAUUUUGUGUCCAAUUAGACUUAGUCCUGAUGCCUUGGUUCAGUCCUUUUUUAGUCCUGGUUUAGACCUGAUUAAGAGAAGGUGCUGAAUAAAAGUCUUGUAAUGAUUUUGAGGAAUUUCAGAUGAAACUUUGAAAUAUUUUCAUAGGCAGACUUGAAGUUUGAGAACCAGUAGCUUUCAACAACAGCACAUAACAACUAUUAGCCCUGUCCUUAGUGCUUUGUAGGCUAACUUCUCUUUGGGCUAGUUAGACUUUUAAUGAGCUUAGUUAGGCUGUGGAUGUGUUGUCUAUAGAUAUUAUCUCAAUGUUGAGUUAUUUAUGUGUAAAACUACUUGUAUUUUCAGUAUUUUGCUUAUACCUGAUUGUCAUAAAACAGCAGUUUCACUUCUUUGCCAAUUACUUAAUAAGUGCCUAAAUUGCUUAAGUUUGACAAAUCACUUUAUCAACAAAAAGGUGCUGGUCUGAAAAAUAUAUAUUAGUUAUAACCUAUUACAACAUAAUAUCAUAAUAGGUGGGGCUAAAACAACAGUGAAUUAUGAUUAAUAUUAUGGCCUGCUAUUGUACACCAUCUGUCCCUGUGUAGGAGGUACUUUAGAUGUUUUGGUUUUCAAUGUCUCAAAAAGGCUUGUUCAAAGUUCCCCAAAGACUACCACUGUAAUCCCAUAAAACUGGGAAUAAUAAAACUACUAUACACACUA